AUGAGAGAAUUCAAGAGCAAGGAUUUCUGGAGGGCGGUUUUGGCCGAGUUGGUUGGCAUGACACUUUUCAUAUUCCUCAGCUUGUCCACGGCUAUAGGUAACGUGCACAACACAAAUCCGGACCAGGAGGUGAAGGUGGCCCUGGGCUUCGGUCUGGCCAUAGCCACGCUGGCCCAGAGCUUGGGACACAUCAGCGGGGCCCACCUGAACCCGGCCGUCACCCUGGGGAUGCUCGCCAGUUGCCAAAUAAGCGUCUUCAAAGCGGUCAUGUAUAUUGUGGCGCAGAUGCUGGGGUCUGCGUUAGCCAGCGGGAUUGUGUACGGGACGAGGCCGGGUAACACAAGUGUCCUGGGAGUCAAUUCUCUCAGCGGUGUGACCCCCAGCCAAGGUGUGGGCAUCGAGCUGCUGGCAACAUUCCAGUUAGUCCUCUGUGUCAUUGCGGUGACUGAUAAAAGGAGGCGUGAUGUCACCGGUUCAGCGCCCUUAGCCAUUGGCCUCUCUGUGUGCUUGGGGCAUCUAGCAGCGAUUAGCUACACGGGCUGUGGGAUCAACCCGGCUCGCUCCUUUGGGCCCGCUCUGAUCCUCAGCGAUUUCACAAAUCACUGGGUUUACUGGGUGGGCCCCAUGUGCGGAGGUGUGGCGGCCGCUCUCGUCUACGACUUUCUCCUUUUCCCCAAAUUUGACGAUUUCCCUGAGAGAAUGCGGGUCCUGGUGAGCGGGCCGGUGGGAGACUACGACGUGAACGGAGGCAACGACCCCACCACUGUGGAAAUGAGCUCCAAAUAA